GCCUAUUCUAGCACUAUCACACUCAAUCAGAUAUUCAUUGAACGCAUAAUGGAACGUUGGCAGAAUCGUGUUGCAGUAGUGACGGGAGCAAGUUCCGGUAUUGGUGCAGCAAUUGUCAAAGACUUACUCAAUUCUGGUUUGAAAGUAGUUGGUCUUGCAAGACGUGUUGAACGUGUUGAGGGCUUGAAGACAAACUUGCCUGGCGAUCAACAGAAACGACUUUUCGCCCUUCAAUGUGAUGUGACGAGUGAGAACUCAGUGAAUCAGGCAUUCGAUUGGAUUAUUCAAAAACUUGGAGGUGUUGAUAUUUUGGUCAAUAAUGCUGGUGUAGUUCGACCGGGAAAACUAUCAACCAUGGAUAUUUCACUGGUGAGAGAAAUUAUCGACACAAAUGUUAUUGGUGUUGUCAUGGCCACUAAGAGAGCUUUUCAAAGUAUGAAAGAUCGAAAUUUCGAUGGACAUGUUUUGAUAAUAAAUAGUAUUGUCGGACAUAGUAUUCCUUGUUUUCCGACUUUGGUCGAUUUGAAUGUUUAUCCGGCUUCGAAAUAUGCUGUAACUGCUAUCACGGAAGUCUAUCGACAGGAAUUUAAAGGCCUUGGAACAAAAAUCAAGAUCACGAGUGUAAGUCCGGGACUAGUGAAGACCGAAAUUACUGAAGGUUUUGCUGCAGCACCAAUACUUUCUCCCGAAGAUAUCUCAAGUGGUGUAAUGUAUGCUAUAUCAACACCUCCUCAUGUACAAGUGCAUGAGAUUACAAUAAAACCUGUGGGGGAGAAUAUGUGAAGCAUUGUAAAUGAUAAUAAAUUUAAUUAAAAUGAAAUGAUAA